UUUAUUCGUAGUCCAAGGCGAAGAUUUUUGAAAAUUUUAAUUUUAAAAAUUUCAAAAGAGUUGUUUUAACUCUUUCAAAGUGCUAUAAUAUAACAAUCGAGUGAAAAUUUCGUUUUAAUUUUAUCUUCUCUGUUCUCUCAAUUCUCAACAAGAAGAUCUCUGUUUCUCUGAUUCUCUGAGUAAUAAUUCGUCUGAAUUGUUUUUACAAAAUGUUUCUUUUUUCGCUCAGAUGUUUAUUUACUUCACGUUACUCUAAUCUACUGUAAUAAAGGUGCACAUUUUUCUCAAGUUGAAGCAAAUUUUGAGAAAUGUUGAUUGAUUUACGCCAUAGUAAUGUAAUUGAUGUGAUAGCUUACGCGUUGUUCGAGAACAACUUUUUAAAACCGUGGUAGUUUUUCUUCGCAUUGUUCGGUUGUGCUGCUGUAUUUCCAUUCAUUAUGGACGAUUGUGACCUAGUUCAACGCUUUCCAGAAAACGUCGAGAAAUGGAUAUACGUAAAAUCCGAUCGCAAAUACUCCAUCGAAGACGAUGAAAUAUUGGAUCUAGAUUCUAUGAGUUUGGGCAGCGAUGAAGAUACAUGGCUGUAUUCGAGCGACGAGAAAUCCCACAGUAAUAUCGACAUCGAAACUACUCCCGAUGAUGAGAAAGAUUCCGGUAACAUGUUUGCGAUGCCUUCCAAUUUCACCAACAUGAUGAAUUCGUCGAUAUCGCCAUUAUCUCCUCUGAUAGAUGUAAACAACAUGAGUGAUUCUCUCGUUCACUUACCCGAUGUUAGCCUGGGUGCUGUGAAUCAUUUCCUUAUCAGAACGCCCUUCGAAGAUAGAAAAUCAAAACCUUUAAUUAAAACUGCCUUAUGUAAUCAAUUCCACGCUAAUCAUAUCAACGUCGAAGCAAAAAGUGAACUCGAUUCGCUAUCGAUGAAACCAAAGACUGAGUCGAACGCAUUCCAAAAACCUGAUAAUACUUUUAGGCCAUCAUCCAACGAUACUGUUUUAAUUUCCAGAAAGAUGCGUUCGAAUAACGAACCCGCGGAUAAAAGUUAUGUUUUGCAUUCAGUCGAGAACAAGUUGUUCACCAUCACCGACGCCGAUACCAACGAAACGUUCAUUAAACCCGCUGCAAAUUGGGAACCUCGCAAUCAAAAAGUCAACGAAGACGAAUCCGUGCCAAAUGAGCUGAUCGAUAACCUAAAAUCGAAUUCAGCUCCCGUUAAAGCUGCCGAAUUUAGUAAUGCCAAAGAAUACGAGAAGAAAUCGUCUAACAAGUCCGCUAGAACGACUCCGGAAAACGAUGAAAACGAUCAUCGUUCGGCUGUAAAGAAAAGUGUGCCAAUUUGUCAAUCGACGCCUAUGCUGUUGAGUAGAUAUUUGAAGUACAAUAAAGGCAUCGAAGAAACUAAGAAUUUUUCCAAAUGGCGAACUUCGGCCGAAUUCCUUAAAGAAGAUAGCCCUGAAAUGCCGAGUGAUGGUGAUCAAAAUCCGAUGAAUAUUUCCUAUAUCAAAGAUACAUCUCCGAUUAUCGAUGAAGCUCCUCCUAAUGAGAAUGAAAAUACGUUUUCGAAAUUAGAAAAUUAUCUCAAUUCUACGUACAGUGUACAAGAAGAUGAUCAAACUAGUUCAGCGUCCGAGAGUAGCGUAUCUUCUUUCGGCACUAAACCUACUUACUCCAUACGCGAUGUACAAAAAAAUGCCGAAUUACAAGAGCGAAAUUUAAAACAACAAUUUCAAUCUAAUUAUGGCGCUGCGUCAUCCAAAAGCUCCGAAAUUUCGAGCAGUAACGAAUCUAUUUCAGCAUUUAGUCCUAUAUCCAGUUCGAACGAAGGCUGCAUUGACAGUAAAAUCAAAGUUUCGUCUCGUAACGUACAAAAAUCAUCUUUCAUUGGUCGAAGACCUCACACAGCUGAUAAUCAUAUAUUUGGUAGUAAUAUGAAACCGAUGGUUGCUCAAAAAGGAAAAUUUUUGAGUGAAAGAACAACGGAUCAUUCGCUACUGAAGACUACACUUGGCGCUCACAACGAUACAUUCAGAAGUAAAUUGGCUCUAGCUAGUGGAAGUGCUUCACCAAGAAGUCGUCAGCUGAACAAAUUCGAACAAAACACGAAAAAUGUGUCCAAUUCCGGUGCGUUCGCGACUGCAGAGACCACUUCUCAGUUGUCGUCUCGAAUUCGGGAACGAAAUUCUUUGGAUAGUUCGCCGAAUCUUCAAAAUACAACAUUCACUUCGAAAUUAUCGAUGAUGAGAGCUGCUAGAAAUGAUUCGCCUUCCAAAGAACGUAAAUCAAGCGACGAACUAACGAAACCGGCGGUGCCUCGUAGGAGUAUUUCUCCGGGUCCUGUUUCGCAUAUCCCUCGGCCAUCUUCCAGAAUUCCUAAAUUCCGAUCGAGUUCGAGUUGCACCCGUUAUAGUAAUUAUAAUUCGUCGAAGAAGUGAGAUCGUUUCGUUGGAUCAUCUGCAGUCGUUUGAAAUUUUCUUUUUCUUUCAUCGAACCGGAAACCGGUGAAUUUUUUUUUUUACAUAAACUUUCGAAAAGCUUCGCCUGUUAUUUACUUUCCCCCGGAAAAGUUGCAAUAUUCGAAUCAAUGUGUGUAUUCUGUAUACCAAUAUACGUGUUUUACGCAAUCAUCCGUUUCAAAGGUA